AUGGCCAUGGCCACAGAGCAAGAUCAUCCGACGAGCAAACCUCCCCUCAAAUCGUAAGUAGAAUGAAAUAUUUUAUCUGCGAAUGAGAAAAACAGACAUAUUGCAUCGACGGCAUUUUAACAUUUUAAAAGAAAUGGAAACCUACGUGGCUCUUUCAUUGCUUGUCUGGCUUUCCGAAGUACGUGUUAAUUUGUUUGGAUGUUUAAAAGUUACUUUAUUUUGCAAUCUAGUGUUCAUGUAUGGGAAAAGUUUUCUGCAGUUUUUCUGGUGCAGUCAACAUGGUUAAGUUUGGUUAUCCUUACUUAACAUCCCUUAAAGCCGUCAUCAAAUACCUUUCAGAAAGUGCACCUUUUGAGUUUUUUCAUAGGGCAAGCACACAUUAAUAUUAACAAAUAAAUAUGGCAAUUUACAUUUUUCUGUUGAUUUAUUUUAAGAGUAAUGCAAUGGAAACCGGAGCAUGAUGCCAUAUUUUUAAGAGAGGUCCUUGCCUCAGAUCUCUAUUCCACUCGCAAAGGUAGCUCUGAAAAGGAAAAAAUCUGGUCACAGCUUGCUGAAAAGUUGAAUGAAGUGUCCAGCUGUAAACAGUCCGGAAUAUCCCUAAAUUUAAGGACAGGGCCAACUGGUCACGCGACACUUUUCAACCAAUGAGAAGGCGCGCUUGUGUUUAUCAACAAACAAAUCAAAACAUUGCCCCAGUGAUCAAAAAUUUUGAAAACAACGGACGGAGUCGGACAGAAUCAGUCAUCGUUUCGAGGUUCUCAGGCAUAUUUGUAAGACUUUUCAUGAGGCAUACAAAAUUUUUUUAAGUGGACAGCGUAUCGGAAGCCAUAUUGGAAGUGUCUCGUGAAAUAUUCAGCACAUUUUGCGGCUUAUUCUUCUUUUAUCUUUAAAACAGCGCGAUGUAUAGGAGAGAUUUUGGUCGGCUUUCAAGGUAGGUGAACAAGUACCUAUUAUUUUUUCGAUUCACAGAUUUUUUACGAAGUUCUAGAUAUUUUUCCUCGAUUGUCAUAUCGAUUAACUUUUAUCAUGUUGAAUGUGGGGAUGGUAGACAACCUAGAAUUUUGGAAGACAAUUUUUGAAUUCCGAGGUCCAAAACACAUACUUUUUCCACUCCCGGGUUUCUCACAAAAGCCGUGUUAUUACUUUUUUUCGCAUUAGUACGAGCCUUUGCCUUUUUUCUUUUCAAGGCCAAAACAACUUUAUUAGUCUUAUGGAUAUUCACGUCCAACAUCUCGCCUCACUUUGCCGAAUUUGCGGGGAUGAAAUUGAACAUCAUAAGCGCAAGGUAGAUACUAACCGCUUUGUUUCUGAAAUUCACUAAUCUGGAAAGAUUUAAUGUUGUUGGAUUCUCCAAAUGUUCAUCCGCCGUUAAAAAACAAUCAAAGAAACAAGGCAAAUCUCAAUUGUAAAUGCUGUAUUUCGCUACUCAUUGAACAUGUACUGAUUAUCUGGGAUAAAAUUAAAACAUUGCAGGUACUACAGCAAGCAAAGAAGGCACCAGAUGCGUGAAGUCAACACGAAACAACACAAAAAACAAACAAGAAAAAUUAAUAAAUUUGAACUACUUUCUUUUCUUGUUAUAUGAUGACUGGUUCUUUGAUUCUUGUCCUGUAGAAGUUAAUAGGUAGUACCAAUGCUGUUUUGUACGAUCUCAACAAAUUUCACACUCUCUCAAAGGCUAUUUUUACACUGGACGAGUUUGCUUCUAUCAAAAAUCUUGCAAGCGAUGCCAGUGAAGCCACGACCUCUGCGAUCGGUCCGGAAUCAGUUCGAACACCCCAGUGAUUCCUUGCAAUGUUUAAUGCUCUUAUUCUCUUACAUGACAUGUUUUCUUUGAAAUAUUAAAUGCGAAAUCUAGACGAGUACUGUAAGCUCAUCUUUAAUUCUGUCAGACUCCGUCCGUUGUUUUGAAACUUUUUGAUGACUGGGGCGAUGUUUUGAUUUGUUUGUUGAUAAACACAAGCGCGCCAUCUCAUUGGUUAAAAAGUGACGCGUGAACAGUUGGCCCUGUCCUUAAAUUUAGGGAUAUUCCGGACUGGUAAAUUUAUUGUUACACAGAAAUCCCUAAGAGAUCGUUUAAAGCUUUUGACGCAGAAGCACAAGCAAAAAAUGAGGUCAGAGGAGAGAGCUAGUGGAAUAGAUCCAGAAAUGACGGAAAUAGAUGUAAUGCUUGAGGAAAUUUGUGAGAAAGAAGAAGUGGCAGAAGAGGAAGAUGAGACCAAAAAGAAAAAAGCCAAGGCAGAAAAGGAGAGUGCAGAGAAAAUGAGGUUAAAAGCCAUGGAGAAAUUAAGUGAGAGCCAGAAAAGAAAGGAUCGCAAUGAGGAAGCUCGACCCAAAAAGAGCAGAAAGAGUAUUGGUGAUGCUGUGAGCUACCUACAAGAGAAGUCAAAGCAAGAAAUUGCUUUGAGGAAAGAGGAAAUCGAACUGAAAAAGCAAGAGGAGGGAAGAAUUGCCCAUUUGUCUGAACAGCAACUUAAAAUGCAGCAAGAGAUGCUGCAGAUGAUCCAGCAGCAACACCAGAAUCAGCAAAGACAACAGCAAGAACAGCAGAGACAGCAAGAGAGGCUUCAGCAGCAACAACUUCAAACCAUGAGGUCCAUUCUAACCCAACAGCAACAACAGUCACAAGCAAUGCUUUCUUUGUUUGAAAAAUUUGCUCCCAAGAAAGAUCCCUGA